GAAGGCGUCCUACCUCUCCCCUUCCCGGCUGGCUGUGACUGACAGCAGAGCCAUGGCUCCGGCGCUGGACAGGCCCGGCUACUGGGGGCCCCCGACCUCCACCCUGGAGUGGUGCGAGGAGAACUACGCCGUGUCCUACUACAUCGCCGAGUUCUGGAACACAGUCAGCAACCUGAUCAUGAUCCUACCUCCCAUCUAUGGCGCCACUCAAGUGGUUAAAAACAGGCUGGAAACCAGAUACCUGGUCGCCUACCUGGGUUUAGCAGCUGUCGGGAUAGGAUCCUGGUGCUUCCACAUGACACUGCAGUACGAAAUGCAGCUUCUGGAUGAACUGCCCAUGAUCUACGGCUGCAGCGUGUUCGUCUACUGCUUAUACGAAUGUUUCAAGCACAGAAGCUCCUAUAAUUAUUUGCUGCUCGUCGUGUUAAUACUUUUCAGUGUGAUAGUAACUACAGUUUAUUUGCAAUGGAAGGAGCCGGUGUUUCAUCAGGUGAUGUACGGAGUCCUGGUGACCUUCCUCGUCCUCCGAUCGGUGUAUAUAGUGACAUGGGUGUACCCGUGGCUGAGGGGCCUGGCUUACACCUCGUUAGGAUUGUGUUUAAUUGGAUUUGUGCUCUGGAACGUGGACAACAUUUUCUGCAGUACCUGGAGGGAUGUCCGACAGAAGAUGCCUCCCGUCCUCGGGGCUGUGACACAGUUUCAUGCCUGGUGGCACAUACUGACUGGACUGGGCUCCUACCUGCAUAUCUUGUUUAGCUUAUAUACACGGACUCUUUACCUUCGGUAUCGGCCCAAGGUGAAGUUCAUGUUUGGGAUGUGGCCGGUGAUCAUGGUGGAAUCCCCCAAGAAGCACUGACCUAACCAGAAGAAGAAGAGGAGACAAAAUGAAAAACAUUCCACAGACCUCCUGACAACAUAACCCCAGGACUCCGCCAUUCGAUCCACGGACUACUACUCUAAAACGACUAUGUAUUGCCAAUACACAACGGCGCCCCCUAUAUGCAGAGGUAUAUAGAGUCUACAGCCUUGCACCGGUACUGCAAACUUCAACUGGAUGGAACGUGAAGACCUCAGGGCGCCACCUGUGCCAUAACUACUACGGAGCUUGCCACAUGCACUCCCAUCAUCCUAUUAAAUGUGACUUCUGAAUAAUUACAUAGAUUGCCUUUUGUGUGGGCACACGCAGAAUAUAAGCCUGCGUGAUCAAGUAUUACAACCUCAUCGCCUGCGCAGGGAUGAUCUGAACGCACAAUCUGCAUUAUUGGGUUGCCAUUGGUUUAGGCUAGGUCUGAGUGACCCUCGCAAUGCAAGGGAUGUGUGAGGAAUAGAGCGGGGUCGCUUCUUUUAUCAUUUAAUUAAUAUAACAAUGUAACACGAGGAGAAGAUGUACAUUACCGGAUAUUGAACUGUUAGAAUGGAUACAGUAUCUCUAAAAAGUAUUCACGCCCCCAGGCAUCCAAUCACAGUGUUUUCACUUUGUAUUUUGUGUAUUAAAAAAAUAAAAUAAUAAUAAUAAAUAUCCCAU